CGCUGCUCCACUCGUUUUUUCCACUCACUUGUUCCACUUUUUGUUCCGCGAGCAGCUGCUCGGACCCGCCUGUUGUUUUUUGUGCUCUCGGGGGCGUUAUUAACCGAAAUUCCCCGCCGUGUUAAUAACGCAAUAUGAAACAAUCGUGCGUGUGGCAACCAAUUGUAACAUUUACAUAAUAGCCAGCCAAUGCGAUCCGAAAGCGAUGCAAAACCAAACCUGAGCGAAAACGUAUGGCGAAAAAACGACGGCAGAGCAACAUAUAUGUAGUGGGGAAGGGUCAGAGAGGCCAAAGAGGAGAGGGGACUACACCCAUCGUACAAAAAGAGCAAAACUACGUUCAAUCUGUUCCUAUUUAAUGUUUACUCGUUUGGCCGUUUGUUCAGCAAUUAAAUUCCCACCGAUCGAAUCCCGGCGACAAGGACAACGCCUUUGCACUCAGGGCUCUUGGCCAUGCCAUGUGGCGAGAAUUGCGACAGCUGCCGCCACCUCCAUCGUUAAUCCAGCGGCUGGGGUAAGGCAGAAGCAGCGAAACAGAAACAGAAACGGCAACAGAAACAGCAACAGCAACAGAAAGCUGUUAAACGUUGCGACCUUCGCCAACAACCCACAACCCAGACUCCUCCCCCAACCAAAGCCCAACCCAUCUAAUGCCGUUUUUGUUGCAGUGCCUGCAUUAGUCAUCGGAGGAACGAGGAGGAUGACAGCCGCCCCAAGGGAAAAGCGCCACAACGAACCCCAAGCGGAAGCAGAGCAGCCAUCAAGCAAACAGUUGGCUAAUUAAUAUAAUAGUCAGAGCCAGAGGCAAAGGCAAAGGCAGAGGCAGUGAAAGAACGUAUCGUAUCCACUGGACAAAAUGUUCAAGAUUAGGCAGAGGAAUUGUAUGCUGAUUGUGACGGCCCUCGUGCUGGCGCCCUGCAUUGUGAUACUGAUGGUGAUGGCACCAGAACUAUCCACCGAACAGUCGCUGACGCAGCGCCUGGCCGAGUGCCAUAUGCGGCUGCAGUACCUGGAGUCCAUGUACAGAGCCAGACAGGAGGACGUGGCCCUGCUCUCGCAGUACUUGGGCCAGCUGCAAGCGGGAAACGGGAGCGCGGCGAGUCCUAGUCCCCCGCCGCCGCUGCCAGUGGCUAAUCUGCUGGACGGACUCAGUCCCGAGGCGAGACAACUGCUGAGGAAUGCCUCGCACGCAGCGAAAGGUGGGGGAUGGAAUGGCACGAUGGCCAGGGGCCAGAAUAUACGACUGCCCAACGCCUACCACUUUCUGCCCCAUCUCCUGGACGAUGCGGGCUCCCUACGUCCAGCCUACCUUCAGAGCAAGGGCCGCACCGAUAUCAGCAUCGUUCUGGGGGUCCCCACCGUGCACCGGGAGAAGCAGUCCUAUCUUCUGGGGACUCUGCACAAUCUGAUAGAGAACAUGAACGAGGAGGAGCAGAACGAGACCCUCAUCAUUGUGUACAUCGGCGAGACGGACAUCGAGGCGGUGCAGCUAAUAGCCCGGCAGAUCGAGACCAGCUUCGAGCAGCAUGUGGAAAGCGGACUUAUCGAUAUCAUUGCGCCGGCGCCCAGCUAUUAUCCCAACUUUGAGCGGCUGCGCAUCACGCUGAACGAUCCGCUGGAGCGGGUGAAGUGGCGAAGCAAACAGAACCUGGACUUUGCCUACCUGAUGGCCUAUGCCCAUUCGAAGGGCACCUUCUAUGUGCAGCUGGAGGAUGACAUCCUGACCAAGCGACAGUUUAUAACCACAAUGAAAAAGUUUGCCUUGAUCAAGAGCGCGCUGACCAAGCCGGAUCAGCCGGCCUGGUUUGUCCUGGACUUUUGCCAGCUCGGCUUCAUUGGCAAGAUGUUCAAGAGCGCCGAGCUGCCCUACCUGAUCACCUACUUCCAGAUGUUCUACAACGAUAAGCCCGUCGACUGGCUGCUCACAUACUUCAUCGAGUCGAAGGUCUGUCGCACGGACAAGGACCAGAAGCACUGCAACCAGGAGAAGGCCAAGUACUGGCAGCACUUCCGCAAGUCUUUGUUCCAGCAUAUCGGCACCAGUUCCUCUUUGAAAGGAAAGGUCCAGAAGCUGAAGGACAAGCAGUUUGGCAGCAAGGUGCCGCAGUACUAUGCUCACACCCACAACCCCCCGGCGCUGGUCAAGUCAAACAUUGCGCCGUACAAGAACUAUCUGCUGAAGCGCGCCUAUCGCGGAGAGUCCUACUUCUGGGGUCUGCUGCCGCAGCCUGGUGACCUGGUGCAGUUCGUCUUUGAGCAGCCUACGCUCCUGCGACGAUACCUCUUCCGCAGCGGCAACUCCGAGCAUCCCUCGGACCGGUUCUACAACACCACCGUGGAGCUGCUGCCGGCGGACACCCUUAGCGAGAACUCGUCCGUGUGGAGCAACUACAACACCACCACCGACGGUUACUUGGUAGUGGGCUCCUUUGACCACUUGGGCGUUGCCGAGGGCCUGCUGGACCCAAAAAUAGGGGCCAUCAAGGAGCUGCGUCUGCAUGUCCACUCCGACAGCGAGAACUGGGCCCUGCUCAGUGAAAUUGAGCUGCAGGAGCUGACCGCUGACGGCAAGUCGGAGGCGAAUCUGGCCAAGCCGCGCUUCGUGGCGGGCAGCUGAUUGCUGCAUCGCCACAGGCAGCGUCAGGACGUGGAGGACUAACUACUCCUGUUCCUGCUCAUGCCCCUAGUCCUGUGUCUAUAUCUGUAUAUCUGUGUGUAUAUUUUUCGAAUGAUACUUUUACCCUCGAUUAUCUAUCUCAAUGUGUAAAUAAUCUCCAAGCAUGUAACGCUCUCUCUCUCUAAACUGUAAGCAGUCAAUGGAUGGGCUGGCUCAUGGCAUGGUCUCUCCAGAUAUCUCCAGCAUCCCCAGAACCAAUUUGUGAGUGUACCACGAAUGUCCCGAGCUUGCAGCCCUACCCCGUCCGCACCAACAGCAGUCUCUCAUUGUAUUCCUGCAUUGUGCAUCCAAAUGGAUUCUGUACGCUCCAAGUUCCCCUUCCAAAUGUUCAUACUCAUAACUGAAGCGGAUCCGUUCCGUUUACCCCCCAAUUCCUAAUUUAUGCGAAUAUUAUCCUAUGGUUUAUUCUGUUUUAGUUGUAAGUGUUAACUUGAUUUUAUUGGCAGAUGAAAAAGAGACCAUUCCAUUUUGCUUUUUUCCAUUUGCUGAAUCACAUGAUUUAUUUAAUGGCUGGCAUCGAUCAAAGUGUUUAUUUAUUGUUAUAUAACUUAUGUUUAUGUUUCCCCUUUUUCCCCACAUCUCUUGCUUUCAAGAACUUCUCUAGGCACGCCUCAUUCAGCUGUAGACCGCCAUAGCCACAUAAAUAUACGAGUAUGUAUGCAUAGACCUAAUAACAACAACAAAAAUUAAACGAUUUUCUAGCAUUGUUGCUUUUUUACUGUGAUUUGUUAAUAAUUUUUGCAUAAAAAUGAACAAAACUUAAAAACUAAAUUAUACAUACAUAAAUACAAUA